AUGGUGAAUAUAGAUAAUAAUAAAUUUUAUUUCGAUCUUAAAAAUUAUUUUAUUCGAUUUGUACCCAAUGAAGAUAAUUUGGAUAUAAUAAAUGGAGAUGAUAAAUCAAAUUUAACAAUUAAUCCUAUAAGUAGAAAUAUUCGUCAUGCACUUGAAUAUUGUGUCAAUGAUUUAAGACGUGAUCGAAAUAAAACUAUCGAACGACUUCUUAAUGAAAAAAAUGUUAAUGAUAUUUUUUGUUCUAUUGCACAGUUGUUACUAAGCAACGAUGAUCGGUAAGAAU